AUUAUGGCCGCUGACAUUAAUCUUUGUCCUAUAAAUACGUUAGUUUAUCACUAGGAGUCUGAUACAGCGACAAUGGCCGAAAUCGAAGAUCAAGAUUCAAUAAGCGAAGCCCGCCUAAACCUAGGCGAAGUCAUCGGGGAGAAAUUAAGAGAGUCCAUACAACACAUGGAUUUAUUGAACACUCUGCAAAAGAUGGUUGCAGUGACGCCUGAAGAUGAGGAAUCUGAAGAAAUUAGGGAUAAGCUUAGAGGUGUUCUGGCACAGUUCAGAGAUCUAAGUGAUGACGACAAAGCCAAGUUUAGUGCUCAAAUUAAAGAAGGCUUAGUUCAAAAGCUGGGAGAUAGGUUAAAAGACAAUGCAAUGAUGGCCAACGUUGAGGAUGCGAUACGAGGGGCGGUGAUGACGAAACUGUAUAUGGUAGCGGCGGGAAUCUUACUGCUUAUAUUAAUAUUUGUAUUCUUCGGCUACAAACUAUACAAAUCGAUAAAAGAAAAAGAAAAGAAACGAGAGGAAAAGAAAAAGGCUAAGCAGAUGAAGAAAAAGAAAUGAAUACCCUCGAAUUGGUGUGAGGAUGCAAGAGUUGUGUUUGGAAAACUAAGUCAAUGUUCUUUUAUAUUUAACAUUUGUUUAAACAAGUAUUUUGUAACGUGUUGAAAUGUCUAUUUAUCGAUAAAAAAUCGUUUCGGCGACUUUUUUUGCUACAAGACAUUCUUGAAUCUGUUAGCGUCUCAAAAAGGUAAAUAAAAAAUAUCUACAGAUAUUGAAACGACAUCAAAACGGGGCUAAGUAUAUAAGGGGUUUUCAUACUCCUUUUGUUAAAACAUAACUUCAAUUUUAAUUAAAAUACGUUUCAACAAUCUAGUAGGUUAGUUCGUGAAUGUGUAACAAAGUUAUACUGAUUUUGAUUAUUAUGGGAAACUUACAGCUGUAUGCAUUAAUAAUGCUUAGUUAAGUAAAGUUUUAAAAUGUCUAUUUUCCUCUACAUUCCUAUAGACCAUGACAGAUAUAGCAUGUUUAAUAAGUGGGAUCUCUUGCUGUGCGUCUACUAAGCGUCGUUCUUGGAUAUGGCUGUAACUUUCUUAUUUUAACAUGUGAUACGUGGGUAGAUGUUAAUUAUAUUUUCAUACAUCGAUGUAUUGAUAAAUGUCUACUGAAAAACUUCAUACAUUCCAAUCCAUUAGGUUAACUUGGCCAAAUAUUUUUUUAGAAAAAACAUAUUGAAUGAAAUUUUUUCAAAUAUAACCUAUUGAUUAUAAAUUGAUUGGAUGAAAAUGUAUGUAUGUAUCACGUUAUGUCAAAACGUAUUUUUUUUCUAAUACAACUUACUAAGCGCCUAAUUUUCCAUACACAACUUUAAAUGACUGAUUAAAACGUUUAAGAUUAAUAUUUUUUUAUUUAUUUCCUGUUGUAUUAGUGUUGCUCUACAAUUAUUUUGUAAUUUUAGUCUAUCGCUUGGCAACACUUAGUUUUAAUUGUAACGCACAUCAGAAGCAAAACUAUGACAUUAUUGUGGCAUAAUAUCGUAAGUUCUUUUUUAACAAAAUGAUACAAUUUUUUAGUUUCCGACUUAAUAUUCAAAUUAUCCUUACUAUAAUAUAUAAUGGACUUAAAAUGUGAAAUUCAUUUCAUUUAGGUACUUUCUAUAUUUCUUUAUAAGUUUUACUAUUUAUUAUAAAACAGUCAGAUUAACUUGGUCUAUUUUCAAUCCCUGCUAAUAUUAUAAAUGCGAAAGUAACUCUGUCUGUCUGUCUGUUACGCUUUCAGGUCUAAACCACUGAUCUGAUUUUAAUGAAAUUUGGUACAGAGAUAGAGUUGUCCUUGAGAAAGAACAUAGGAUAGUUUUUAUCCCGGAAUUUUGAAAGGUUCUCUUGGAAACGCGAUAUAACCGACCUCGACGCAGGCGAAGCCGCGAGCGAAAAGCUAGAAACUAAAAGACAAUUGUAUCGUUUAUUAAAAAAAAGCUUGUGAUUAUGCCAAUAUUGUAUUUAAAGUUUAGAAAAGCAUUUAUAAUUAAUUAAAUGUGACAUUCCUUUGGGUGAUUUUUUUGUGGACUAUGUAAUUAUUUUUACUUUUGUUAUUAGUCAUAAUUUAUGUGAGCACAGUUGAUUUUCUGUUAAUAAACGAUUUAUUUUUACAUGUCA